CUUCGGCAACGCCGUCUUCUGCUGGGCCCCUGCCCGCGCUCGCAGAGGGAGCUGGUGCAGUUCGUGUCGGGCUGCGAGGCCCAGGCCCAGGGCCCGCCGCCCACCCCGAAGCAGGUGAUGGAGAAGUUGCUGCCCAGGAGGGUCCAGGAAGUCAUGGUCACCCGGAAGGUCACCUUGUACUGGGUGGACACCACCGAGCGCUCCAAGCUGUGGGAGUCCCCAGACCACCUUGGGUACUGGACAGUAUGUGAACUGCUCCAGCACCUGGGGGGCACCGUCUUGCCGUUGGAGACUUUGAGCCCGGAUGGUACGAAAGCUGGGGAGACCCUGUUCUCACGUGAGCCCCACCUCUCCUCGUGGGUGUCAGCUCUGCCAACAGACUCCAUCUUAAACUGUGUGCUCUAUAAUUCUCCUGAGUAUGAAGCCUCAUUUCCACGGACAGAAGGAACGUUAUUUCUCCCUGUUGAAGGCAAAGAGACUCAAGAAGCAUGGACAGUCAUCCUAGAGCCCUUGGCCAUGCAUCAGAGACAUUUUCAGAAACCAGUCAGAAUUUUCCUGAAAGGCACGGCCACCCAGUGGUCUCUCCCCACGAGUAGCACUUUGGGCACUGAUAGCUGGAUGCUCCAGAGUCCAGAGGAGAAUAAGUCAGCCCACGGGACGUUGUUUCAGCAGCUGGUCCACAGGCUGACUGCCGAAGAGUUACAUCUGGUCGCCAGUGUGGACCCCGGUGACGGCUGGCCCCCCGUCACAGGCGUCAUUUCCCCGCUCUCUACCAACACUACGGUUCUCACCGUGUUCCGCACCGAGGAGGCUGCAUUUCAGAGGCGUUUCCUCCAAACAGCUGUGGCCGAGAACCCCCUGGACACCGCGUCCCUUUGUUCCGAUGUUAUGGAUGUCAUAUUGAGUCCGACCCCCUGUUUGUUGGAAGACCCUACCACCUCCGCUCCUCCCUGUCCAGAGUGGGCCCAGCAGGAGCUCGGCCGCACCGCGCCCUGGAGAGCUGCUGUUGCCGAGAGCUGGUUUCCCUGCUCCAACCUCAGUGGCGCCAGUUCGAAUUUGAUGGAGUCAUUUUGGCUGCUGCAGGCUGCCUCGCCCGCUAAGCAAGAGUCUUCCAAGACUGAGAGUGAGUUAACACGCCGCCUGGCCGAGCUCUACCUGAGAAGGUCUUGUGAGGAACCCGCCGUGGCUAACCAGGAAGACAGCAGAAAGAAACGAGGCGUCCCUCGCACGCCAGUGCGGCAGAAGAUGAAGACCAUGUGCCGCUCCUUGAAGAUGUUGAACGUUGCGAGGCUGAACGUCAAGGCUCAGAAGCUGCAUCCAGAUGGCAGUCCAGAGCCCGCUGGGGACAGGGGGACCCAGCAGACAGCGGGGGGGAGAACAGCGGGGAGAUUGGAGCACAGAGGAAGGACACAAAAAAGCCCCAAACCUAAAGAUUUUAAAACUGAAGAGGAGCUACAAUCUUACAUACAUGAAAAUUACCAAAAGACUAUGGCCACAGGAGAAACCGUGUUGUAUUCAUGUGCUCAGAACAUGAUCUCAACCAUUAAAGCAUUUCUCAAGUCCAAAGGCACCAAGGACUUAGAGAUGAACUGCCUGCAUCAAGUCAAAAAUAACCUCUUAAAAACUAGCAAAAGUCUUAGACAAGACAUGGGAAAAAACCGGGAUAAAGAGGACAAAAUCAGAGAGUGCCAGCUGCAGGUGUUUCUCCGUUUGGAGAUGUGUGUGCAGUGCCCGUCGAUACGUGACAGCAUAGAUGACGUGGAGCAGCUGGUGGAGGAGGUGGCGGAUUUGCUGCGCAUGGUGUGUUUAACUGAGGACUCGGCAUACCUGGCGACGUUUCUGGAAGAAAUUCUGGGAAUGUACAUCGACUCCAUCCCGAAGACGCUGGGGCAACUGUACGACAGCCUGGGCAUCGUGGUUCCUCAGAAGCUGGCUGGGGUCCUGCCCACAGACUUCUUCAGCGACGACUCCGUGACACAGGAGAGCAAGUCGCCGCUUUCCUCCGUGCCCCUCAUGGCCGGCGGCGGCAGGUCAGUGCCGGGCGGCACGGACUCCGACCAGCUGGAGGAGCUGCGAACCCGGUCGGCUAAGAAGAGAAGGAAAAAUGCAUUAAUAAGACACAAAAGCAUUGCGGAGGUCUCACAGAAUCGUCGACAAAUUGAAAUCCCCAAAGUGUCCCAGAAACCCGCGAGAAACGAGAACCCUCGCCCCACGCUCCCGCAGCCCUCGCUCCCAGUGAAAGAUCCAGUACAAGAAGUGACCAAAGUCCGAAGAAAUCUCUUCACCCAGGAAAUUUCUCCUUCAAAGAGACCGGCGAAGCGGGGGCUGCCGAGAAGCCACUCCGUGUCGGCCGUGGAAGGCCUGCGGCACCAGCUGGACAGCGUGGGCCGGACCAAAGGGCAUCCCAGGCUGCUGACCAGGACUGUGGCCGAGACCCCGGAGCACAAGCAGGUCUCCGGGCGGCUGCUGCACCGGCAGAUCAAGGGCAGGUCCUCUGACCCUGGUCCUGAGAUCGACGUGGUUGAGGAGUCCCCGGAGAAAGGUGACAAGGUGAGUCUGAGAAGAAGCCCUCGCAUCAAGCAGCUGGCACUCGGCAGGACGAAAUCUGGUCCCUUCUAUUCUGCGUCUCAGCCGCAGCCUCGAAGUGUGCAGAGGGUUCACUCGUCUCAGCAAAGCCAGUCAGGUAACGUGCCUGCCCCACGUCCACGCUGACUUGGUGGGGGGAGUAUUUUUGGGAAAAGCAGUGAGAUUUGGCCUCUUGCUUCUGGACAUGGGAGAUGUAGAGCCGGUGAGUGUAUUUGAGGUUCGGGUGAUGAGCAAUCCGGGGCCUUUAUGAUCCGCAUCAUCCCUUCGGAGUCUGACAGCGGCCGCGACCUGUGCUCACGUCUUACCCGAGUCCCAGGGGGAGGCGGUACCUGUGUGUCUCCUUUGCUCUUAUAAUUACACACGACAAUGUUUCCUACCAUAGGGCCGGGGUUAACUGCAGU